ACUUGCGAAACUGUCAUUCCAGUACAGCACUUUGUACGCCAGCUUGUCAAGGAGACCAGAACCCGCACUCAAAAAGGAAUAGCUGCCAUCUAAGAAUGAAGAGCACAUUCGUAAUUGCCUGUGCCGCCUUGCUGGUGGCCAGUAUCAGUGCCGCCAGUGUGCCCAACGUACCGACGGCCAUCAACAAUCAGCUGUAUCGCCGCUAUGUGUGCGUCCACAAGUCGGACGGCUUCAGGGCUCUUGUGCCGGGAAGCUGCUCUCAGUACUACGAGUGCCAGGGAGGACAGGCGCUGGUAAGCACAUGCUCCCGCUUCUUUGACGCCAAGGUCCAGGGAUGUGUCAACUACAACACCGGAUGCAUUGAAGUACAGUCAUCGGCGUUGGCUACGGACACCGCUGAUUCUGCUGUUCCCUGUACACCGACACCCUGUCCCACGACACCCUGUCCCACGACACCAUGUCCCACGACACCCUGCCCCACGGUGGCACCCGAAACACCCUGUGCAACCACACCGAAAGUACCCGAAACACCUUGUGCUACCACACCCGCUACACCAGCAGCCACAACACCCUGUGCAAGCACCCCCGCUACAACAGCAGCCACAACACCCUGUGCGACCACACCCAAAGUACCCGAAACACCCUGUGUUACAACACUCGCUACACCAGCAGCCACAACACCCUGUGCAACUACCCCAUCUGCACCAACAACCACCUGUUCGACAACAACAGCGACGACAACCACCUGUUCAACAACAAGCUCUACCACAACAACUUGUACAACAACAACAUCGACAACUACAACAUGUUCAACAAGUACAUCGACAACAACAACAAGUUCUACAACAACAACAUGUACAACAACAACUUCGACAACCACAACUUGUUCAACAACCACAUCGACAACAACCACAUGUUCAACAACAACACCCUCCACUACACCCUGUGGAACGACCCCCAAAGUACCCCCAGCACCCGCAACACCCUGUGUACCCACUCCUUCUGCAACAACAACCUGUUCAACAACAACUUGUUCAACAAUAACCACACCAUGCGUGGAGAUCACCACCCCAUGCGCAGAAGUCACCACCCCAUGCGUGGAGAUCACCACCCCAUGCGUAGAAGUCACCACCCCAUGCGUGGAGAUCACCACCCCAUGCGUAGAAGUGACAACACCCUGUGUAGAGGUCACCACACCCUGUGUUCAGGUCACCACUCCAUGCAGCGGAGCCAGCGCAGCCUCCAUGGUGAAGCCCGCUUCCAUGCAAGUGAGACCCGCCCGCCCGGCCCGUCCUGCCGGACUACUCGUGGAGGCAAUGCAGCAGCAGGCCACCCCCCAGGCCCAGGAGCUGAACAUCCUCACCUACACCAACUACGUGUGCCGGAGCAAGCCCGAUGGCUUCAUGAUGGCCUCCCUGAAGAGCUGCAACGACUACUACAUCUGCCGCUAUGGAAAGCCACUGCAGGUGAGCUGCGGCGACAAGUACUUCAACGCCCUGAAGGGCAUCUGCGAUCUGCCCGAGAACACGCGCUGCGUGCAGCCCUCGGUCUAGACCUGGACGAUUACUAUUACGAUCACGAUAGCCCAUAACAAUCGAGCAGCGCCACCAGACCCCACCUUGAUAAACUAUGUCUAAUCGAUUAUAUCCAAGCCUAUAUUACAGUCAAAUAAACGAGUAUGCAAAGCUACAAGAAAGUGCAAUAA